AUGUCCUCAUCUUCCAAUACGGCCGCAGAACUCAACCCACGCACGACCAAGUACGAGUUCUUCGGCCCUAUUGGCGCGUUCGCGGUCAGCUUCGGUGUCCCCGUCACGACCUACGCCCUCUACUUCGGCUGCUCUGAGCAAGCUGGUGGUUGCCACCCGCCCAUCGACACAGAAGCCGUCAUCAACUCCCUUUCAAGCUUGGAAUGGUGGAAGGGCCUUUUUGACAAGGAGGCCUUCGUGGCGUACUUUGCAUGGUAUGCGUUCACCGUCGCGGCGUGGGCCAUCCUCCCCGGAGACUGGGUUAGUGGCGUCCAAAUGCGCAAUGGGCAGACGAAACAGUACAAGAUCAACGGCUUUGCCACAAUGCUCUUGGCCCUUGGUCUCACCGCAGGUGUGAUCUACCGCGACGGCCCUGCGCCCCUGACAUUCAUCUACGACCACUGGAUCGGCCUCCAGACCGCCGCCCUCACCAUGUCCAUCCUCCAGGCGUUCUACGUAUACGCGUCUUCUUACCGCCCGGGUGCCCUCCUCGCGCUCGCAGGGAAUUCCGGCAACUUCCUUUACGACUGGUUCAUCGGUCGCGAGCUCAACCCGUCCAUUGGCUCUUUUGACAUCAAGUCGUUUAACGAAGUUCGCCCUGGUCUAAUCCUCUGGUUCAUCAUCGACAUUGCCAUGGCGUGCGAGCAGGCCGUUCGUCGCGGCGGUACUCUCGCUGACGUCACGGACUCGAUGUGGCUGGUGCUCGCCUUCCAGGGGUGGUAUGUGGCCGACUGCCUGUACAACGAGCCAGCGAUUCUCACCACCAUGGACAUCACAACCGAUGGUUUCGGUUUCAUGCUCUCGGUGGGUGACCUCGCCUGGGUUCCCUUCGUCUAUUCUCUGCAAGCUCGCUACCUCGUCUUCAACCAAGUUGAACUGGGUCCCAUCUACACUGGGCUCAUUUUCACUGCCAACCUGCUUGGCUACUACAUCUUCCGUGGCGCGAAUGGCGAGAAAAACGAUUUCAGGAACGGCCGCAACCCCAAGAACCUGAAGUUCAUGACAACCGAAAGCGGCCGCAAGCUCCUCACUUCUGGCUGGUGGGGACUCUGCCGUCACCCCAAUUACAUGGGUGACUUGAUCAUGGCGUUCUCUUGGUCUCUCCCUACCGGUUUCAGCACACCCAUCACGUACUUUUACGUGGCCUAUUUUUUGGUUCUUCUGAUUCACCGCCAGAUGCGUGACGAUGAGGCAUGCGAGAAAAAAUAUGGAAAGGACUGGCACAAGUACACCCAGCUUGUGCCGUACCGCAUCUUCCCGUACAUCUACUAA